GUUAAAUAACAAAUGACAGGCAGAAUUCUUCAUCGACACUUCGUUCGCCGACUCCGAGUGCAAGCAAGAAAUGGCUGCUUCAUUGAUCGUUCUGCUAUAUUUAACUCUAUUUCACGCAGCUAGAUGUUUCCCUAGCGGUGCACCUAGCUCACAAUGCGAGAGUAUGAUGCCGAAUCACGGUCUGCAGUCUCAAGCGGCUGCCAACAGUCCAUAUCAAGUUAGAGUUCAUAAAACCUAUUACACUAAUGACUCAAAAAUAAAUGUAUCCAUCGAAAGCUCGAGUGACUAUAUCAAAGGCUUUCUUAUUCAAGCAAGGCAAGUCGGUCAAACAACUGCAAUCGGGAUGUUUUCAGCACUACCAGGAAAUACAACGUUUUUGAGUUGUGACAACAGCAAGGGUGCUGUCACUCACUCCGCUCGCCUUAAUGUAACGACGUUGACAUUUGAAUGGGAGGCACCAAAAGGUUUAUCAGGUAAAAUAUCUUUCUACGCCACCGUCGUGAAGGAUUUUUCCACAUUCUGGGUGCAACUUCAGUCGCCUGUAAUCACUAACAAGAACGGUAACGGAGCUGGCUCUAAUGUUGUUAGUAUGCCAUUUAUGUUCUUUAUGGGACUGGCUGUUGUCUUGUUUCAAAUGUGAUUGGAAACUUCUCGAUGGUGUUCUAUCAAACAUUGAAAGUUUUAUACUCCAUUGUGUUUAUUCCUUGUAUCCUAUGCCAAAUAAAAAACAUUGCCCCAUGACAUGCAUGUUUUAUCCUUACGUUUUAAACAAUAAUCCCUUGAAGCACAAAUGUUUAUGUUGUCAAAUAUUUAAUCAUAUUGUAGUACUUCAUGUUUAUGUAUCAAUAAAAUGCUUAUAAAAUAAGAGAAUUUUUUCGUGCCUGUUAGUGUCACUUUUUCUAUGAAAAAGCGUCAUGUAAUAAUAAUUUACGUGUAUAAAAUACAAAAUUAACAUCUUCAA